AAGGGACAUCCACAAUAACUCCUGCUUCAGCCAUGAUCACCAGGAACGGCGCCAGGAGUGCGGCCCUCGCUUUCACGGUGGUGAUGGUCGUGGCCCUGGCGAUGCAGAUGCUCGGCAUGUACAGUUCGGCGAUUCUGUGCGACGCAAGCACACGCCCGUCUGUCUGGAUCUCCUGGGGCUUCAGCUCUUUCCUGAUGGCGGCUAACAUCGGGUUCAUCAUCACUUGGAUGGUCGCCGCAGCCACGGACAACGUGCGAAGGAUGCGGAUAGGCCUCACGGGCGUUGCGGUGCGCCUCGUGGGCACUGCCAUCUACAUUAUCAUCAGCCGAGUCGAGGCCGCGCUAUCGAAGCAGACCAUUUCCGAAAAGGCCGCCGAAGAUCUGCAUAUGGGAGAGAGCUACGACGCUGAAGAAAUUGCUGCAUAUAAACGUCGUGAUUGA